ACUGUGGCCGCUGUAGUUUUUUUUGAUCAUUAUUUCCAGGUCAGGGUCCCGGCUUCCUGUGCGCCAGGGCUUGUUUGUAUUAAAGAUGGCCGGUGAUGGAGGCGCCCUGAAGGAUGUCAAUGAGAUUAAGUCGCAGUUCCGGACCAGGGAGGGUUUCUACAAGCUCGUCACCCUUUCGGACUCGCAGCAGCGGGGCGGGAUCCCGCGGGGGCUCUCGGCGGGCGCGGCCGUGGCUCCCGGGGCCGCUGCGGGCGCGCUCCCGGGCGGAGGCGGCGGAGGGCCGGCGCAGGGGCCCGGCGCUGCCUCUUCUUCCUCGGCCACCGCGGCCACGGCCGGCGCCGCCAGCUCGUCGUCCCCGGGCGGCUUCCUGCCCCCGGUGCGCGUGUCCAUGGUGAAGCUGCAGCCGGAGGACCCGAGCGAGGAGUCGGAGCGCGUGUGUUUCAACAUCGGCAGGGAGCUCUACUUCUACACGUACACGAACAUCAAGAAGGCCGUGGACCUCAGCAAGCCAAUCGACAAACGCAUCUACAAGGGCACUCAGCCCACCUGCCACGACUUCAACCAGUACUCGGCAACCACCGACAGUGUCUCCCUCAUUGUGGGCUUCUCUGCUGGCCAGGUUCAGUACCUGGACCCCAUCAAGAAGGAGACUAGCAAGCUCUUCAACGAGGAGAGGUUGAUAGACAAGUCCAAGGUGACCUGCCUCAAAUGGCUGCCAAAGUCUGAGAGCCUCUUCCUAGCCUCCCAUGCCAGCGGCCACCUUUACCUGUACAACCUGGAGCACCCCUGUGGCACGGCAGCGCCCCAGUAUUCCCUCCUGCGCCAGGGCGAAGGCUUCGCUGUUUAUGCCUGCAAGACUAAAACGCCCCGCAACCCACUGCUGCGCUGGGCGGUGGGAGAAGGAGGGCUCAAUGAGUUCGCCUUCUCUCCUGACGGGGUUCACGUGGCCUGCGUGGGCCAGGACGGGUGCCUGCGUGUCUUCCACUUCGACUCCAUGGAGCUGCAGGGCGUCAUGAAGAGCUACUUCGGGGGCCUUCUGUGCGUUUCCUGGAGCCCCGACGGCAAGUACCUGGUCACGGGCGGGGAGGACGACCUGGUCACUGUCUGGUCCUUUGCGGAGAGUCGCGUUGUGGCCAGAGGCCACGGGCACAAGUCCUGGGUCAACGUGGUGGCCUUCGACCCUUUCACCACCACCUUGGAGGAGGAGGAGCCGAUGGAGCUCAGCGGCAGCGAGGAGGACCUGCAGGGGGCGGUGCACUUUGGACGGGUGCGCACCAGCAGCACCCUCUCCCGCCUCUCCAGACACAGCUCCAAGGGCAGGACACCUUCCGUCACAUACCGCUUUGGCUCAGUGGGCCAGGACACCCAAUUCUGCCUGUGGGACUUAACCGAUGACGUGCUGUACCCCCGGCUUCCCCUGUCACGCGCGCUCACCAACACUUUCAGCACCACCAUCCCGCCAUCGGUCAGCGGAGGCAGUAACACCUUGGGCGGGAGCGGAGGAGGUGUUGCUGUGGAGGGCCACCUCCACCCCAGUCACCCUAGCCAGCCGCAGCCUCUGCCACGCUCCCUCUCCCGCUCAAACUCCCUGCCCCACCCUGCGGUAGCCAACGCCUCGAAGGGCCAGGGCGGCUCAGAUGGGGGAGGGGGCGGCGGCGGCGGGACCGCUCCGUUCAGCAUCGGGCGCUUCGCCACGCUGUCCCUACAGGAGCGCAAGUCGGACAAGCUGGCUGGGGGCGGUGGGGCAGGCGAGAAGGAGCACAAGCGCUACCACAGUCUGGGCAACAUCAGCAAAAGCAACGACAAAAUCAACGUGGCGCCUCGUAGCAGCCGCCUCGAUGCGGCGAAGGUGCUGGGCACCACCGUGUGUCCCCGGAUGCACGAGGUGCCCCUGCUGGAGCCGCUGGUGUGUAAGAAGAUCGCUCACGAGCGGCUCACCGUCCUCGUCUUCAUGGACGACUGCAUCAUCACAGCCUGCCAGGAGGGCCUCAUCUGCACGUGGGCGCGGCCUGGGAAAGCGCAAAACUUGACAGCACAGAACGGGAACUCCCCGAGCGGCACAGUCGUAUAGUUGUAGGUGGAACUUUGCGUGCGGCGGGCGAAGGACGCGGAACUCUCCUUGACAGCCCAGUCAGCCGUGCCGUCACCGCAGUAUUGCAUCCUGUCCAUGUCAUUCCGUGUCUCCUGCGCCUUUUUAUUGCUCCUUCAGUGCCUCGGAAAAACGACAGGACAAACGCGGACAGCUGUUCUCUCCCGGGGCCGUGGAGAACUCCUCCUCCUGUUAUUCCUUUGAAGCACCAGAAAACCCACAAAUGUUGUAUUUUAUUUAUUUUAACCCAACAGACUCUAGUAUUUAUAUUGUACAUAUUCAGAAUACCCUAUAAAUACAGAUGACUAGAUGUAUCAAAAUACUACGUCAAAGAGGAAAAAAGUAUUUAAUAUAUGAAGAUAUAUAUAUAUAUAUAUAUUGUAUAUAGCAGCACAGUUAAAUGGAAUGUUUGCGCUUAAGGAAGUGAAACCGUUAUGUUUGUGUGUUAUACUCCUGAAACUGUCAUGUCCAUUAAAGCGAACAUGUAAUCCGUGUCUGAGAGCUGUGAAUUCUGGAUUCCAAGCAUGAUACUCCGAUGCACAAAGAUGCGAUGUACAAAGUAAGCUUCUCUUGACUGCUAUGCUCAUAUAAAGGGACCUGAAGUUCUCCUGGGAAGAUGUUCCACUUUUUUUUUUUUUUUUUUUUUUUUUAAUGCAUACAGCUAUAUACUGUGAAACAGCACACGUGGAACGCUGUAGAUUCUGAUAUACUUUUCACUUGUAUUGUGACAGCAUUUUCUCCUGAACAGUUCUGCAUUUGAAUGGUUGAAUUUAGACAAGUGGAAGUGCGAGGCCAUUGCAGCAGCCGCUUUGUGCUCUUCGAAGGUGUGUUUCAUUCAGUCACACUCCAGUUUUCUGGAUACCUGUGUACCUGUGCUGCUGUUGCUGAUGCUGUUGAAUGGCCCACCCAGCACCAGUGUUCAUGUCCUCUACGGGAAGACGGAGAAGGCCGACGGUGCAGCGCAGCGUUGAAGAGACUCCGACUUACCAGGUCGACACAGAUGUGCGAAAGGGACUAAAAUCAAGCUCUUCCUGUUUUGUAAGUUGAAGAAACAAGAACCACCGCUGUGUUCCAACCCAAACACUUCGAUGCACAUAUGCGUGGCCAUUUCUGUAAAGUUUCACCAUUCUGUUGCCUUGUUGAUGAGUAGAGGAAAGGAGAGUCACCAGUCUGUAUCUGAUGGAAAAUAACUGGCCCGUGUCUUGAAUUUCCCAUUAUGACGGUAUACGACAUCCAUAGCAUGUGAUUGUUUUUGUUUCUCUUGCAGUGUGUUUCUAAUUCUCAAUAGCACUAAUGCCUGAAAUGAAAUGUGGCAAAUAUUUUAAGUUUGUAUUUCAAGAACUGUUAUUAAAACUGUAAACUCUG